AUGCGUGGUUUUAUUGUUUUGUGCUUGGUGGCGGCCGUAUACGCAGACAAGUUGGGCUACAAUUACAGACCCGUACCCCACUCUUCAUCAGGACUUUCCUUCGCACCCGGCAGCGGUGGUGUAGGUGGAGAUCUUUCCGGCUUCAGCGGAUUAGGCGAUCUAGGCGGUUCAGGUAGCUCUGGAAACUUUGGCGGUCUAACUGGCGUAGGCAGUGGAUUUGACUCCGGCGCACAAUCUGCUCUAUCGCCUGUGACACAGGAAGCCAACAAGGAGUUCUUCACUUUUACCGCUCCUGAAGAGGAGUUCGACGAUGCUGAAGGUACUCAACAGUUAGCCAGCUCUUUGAAGAAGAAUGUGCGUGUCAUCUUCAUUAAGGGUCCCGAAAACAAUGGCUUAGAGAAGGCUGCUCUUGCUCUGGCCAAAAAUGCUGCUGAACAGAGGACCGCCAUUUAUGUGCUGCAGAAGCAACACGAUCUCGCUGACUUGGCCAACAAGUUCCGUGCUCUCAACGACCAGCGUAACAGCCAUCCUGAGGUUCACUUCGUUAAGUACCGCAACCCUAAUGAUCUGGCUAACGCACAGAGCACCAUUCAAUCGCAAUACGAUCAAGAGCCUGGUGCAUCUCAAAACUACAACGGCGGUGUCACUCCCGUGCUCAACUUUGCUUCGCCAUCCGUUCCAUUACAAUCAUAUGGACAGCAACAGAACUAUAAUCCAGCUGCAAGUAACACGAAUGCCAAUUAUCUGCCUCCUUCGUUAUUGAAACGUCUCCGCUUCUAG